GUAGGUUAACUAUAAUUGUAUUAGAUGCCAACGACAACCGACCCAUAUUCCAGCAGUUUUCAUAUAAUAUUGAGAUCCCAGAAAAUACCCCUGUAGGUACGACUCUGUUCAGGGCUCUGGCUACUGAUGAUGACAGUGGAGCAGCUGGUGCUGUUCAAUACAGCAUUAAUAAAGUUACUCCAAAUGAUGGAUUUGGUCUUUUUAGCAUCGUAAGCACAACUGGUGAGGUUAGAUUAAGUGGACGUCUGAAUUAUACUGAACUGAGCCCUUUCUAUCAGCUGAUGAUUCGUGCAACGGAUGGAGGAGGCCGGUGUUUUCAUGAGGAGCCUAAUUUCUUUUCAAGCGAGGCUUUUGCCUCCGUUACGAUUCGGGAUCUACCAGACCUCGACCCACUGUUCAUUGGUGUUCCCUACGUAGGGAAGGUUGUAGAGAAUUCCCCUGUGGGCCUUUCUGUGUUAAAAGUGACCGCUAUAGACCAGGACACAGGAGUCAAUGACGACAUCAUCUACAGCAUUGAAGAUUCCACAGCGGAUGGGCUAUUUGCAAUCUCAGAAACUGACGGCGUCAUAUCUGUACUGCAAAAUAUCGACAGAGAAGUUAUCGGGGGCACUGUUACCCUGACUGUUAAGGCUACUGAGUCUAAAAAAAACAUCCUCAGUGUCCAUGCCAGCACCACAGCAAAUGUCCAGAUCAGGAUCAACGUCAACAACGACAACGACAACAGACUGGAGUCUUAAAGUGUGGAGGUUUGAGACAGGAGCCCUCCUGAGUGAAGACCUGACGAUAAUUCGUUCUGCUGGGGGGGAAAACCUCUGG